AUGCCAGAUCUAUUUGCCCAAGGCCCGCUUUGUCACCCUGUCCGAUCCAAUGACAACCCCUACAACAUUACACCACAAGACCUCGAACCCAGCUACUGUUCCGACCACAUCAAUGACGAAGGGACUGGGCUCGGCUGCGCACAUUACAGCAGAAAUGUCAAGGUGCAAUGUUUCGACUGCAACCAAUGGCACCCAUGUCGACACUGCCACGACGCUUCACCACAUCUACCAUUUCCUCACGGGCUCAACCGUAAAAUGACACGCAACAUGCUUUGUAUGCUCUGCAAAACACCACAACCUGCCGGUCCCACAUGCACAAACUGCGGUGUAGAUUCUGCCUAUUACUACUGUUCAAAAUGCAAGCUCUGGGACAACGACAGCACAAAAAGCAUCUACCACUGCGACGACUGCGGUAUCUGUCGUCGGGGCGAGGGCUUGGGCAAAGAUUACGUACAUUGCAAACGCUGCAACGUCUGCAUAUCAAUAUCCACCAGCAGCACACAUCCAUGCGUAGAACGAGCAACAGAUUGCGAUUGUCCUCUAUGCCUGGAUUACCUCUUUUCCUCCUCCCUGCCCGUAGUGAGUCUAGCAUGUGGUCACUACAUGCACGGAUCCUGCUACAAAGACCUGAUGCACGUAACCUACCGCUGUCCAGUCUGCAAUAAAUCCGCCGUAAACAUGGAACUACAAUGGCGCAAACUCGACGAUGAAAUACGUCUACAACCCAUGCCCGAAGACGAAUUCGAAGACUCGGCUGCUGCAAAAGUGAACCCCACUCAUCGACGCAUACCGCGAAAAGUCUUUGUCGGCUGUAAUGACUGUGGAGGAAGAGGCUGGUCCAAUUUCCACUGGCUGGGUCUGAAAUGCCCCCAUUGCGACGGCUACAAU